UGGACAUAGUUAAACUUCCCUUAUCCCACAGUGAACGUUGUUUCUCGCUUCGGGAAAGAAACUGGCAGGAGAUAGAGGGAUAAAAUGGUUUCGUGGAUUAUAUCCAGAGUUGUCGUGCUUCUCUUUGGCACACUUUACCCAGCAUAUUACUCCUACAAAGCAGUCAGGACCAAGAGUGUAAAAGAAUAUGUGCGGUGGAUGAUGUAUUGGAUCGUGUUUGCUCUUUAUACUGUAGCGGAGACGAUUGCAGACCACUCCAUAGCAUGGUUUCCGUUGUACUACGAGUUAAAGAUGUGCGUGGUGAUCUGGUUGGUGUCACCGUACACCAGAGGAGCCGGUCUGAUCUUCAGGAAGUUCCUGCACCCGCUGCUGGCCUCAAGAGAGAGGGAGAUUGAUGAUUAUAUCGUUCAGGCUAAGGAAAAGAGUUAUGAGACCAUGGUAAACUUUGGAAGGCAAAGCCUCAGUGUCGCUGCUUCAGUCGCUGUGACUGCUGCUGUCAAGGGACAGGGUGCCAUCAGUGAGCGUCUAAGGAGCUUUAGUAUUCCUGAUCUCAGCCAGGUUCCUUCCGGCCAAUCAGCAUUCGCAAAACCUGGACAGCUGGCAGGUCAGAGUGCAGACCCCAGCACCCAUGGCUCUGUGUACAAACAGUCAGGACAGGGCGAGGAAGUAGACGGAAUGUUUUCAGAAGACGAUUCAUCGUUGCCAAAGGGUCUGCGCAGAACUCAGAGCGUGAAGAUGAGUCGUGCCAAGGUUAUACGCAAAGAGCCUCGUUAUGGAUCCCUAAAAAUGAAAACCAGAAGGAGGCCUGUGAUUUCUGCCAACACGUUCGAAGAGCCGCGAUGAACAGGAAACACAUCAGCAACCAGCUUGGAUCAUCCUAUUCGACAAACCGCAAACACUCCUGAGGACCCUCUGUUUGAACAGGCCAGAUUAUUAUGUGUUACCCAGCAAAACUUCCAUGAAAAGACCUCAUCGUCUCGUAAUGCACCAGCAAAGUAUACACAAUUAGUCAUUCCGUAACACCCGCUAAACUCCCACUAACCUGCCCGCAUAUAAACAGGCAGAGUCAUUCCACAGUGCAUGUCUGACGAGCUGUGGUAUGAAUAGGCAUGAUCAUUCUGCAAAACACACACACACACACGCACACACACACCGUCCAAACCUCUAUAUGAAAAUGUCUGGUCAAAAUGUAAUACAUAGCAGGAGCCUCAAGACAGAUUAUGCAAUAACACACAACAAAAGCAUCCGUAUCACCAUGCCUGGUCAUUCUACUGUUUAACACACCAUGGAGGACCAUGCUAACAAUUAAAAGUGCACAGUCAUUCCAAAAGACAUUUAAAGAGCCUCUCUGAACAGGCCUGAUCAUUCCACAAUGCACUAAUGGGAAGUGUCUGCAUGAACAAGCCGGUCAUUGUGUAAUACGUUACAUGGAAUAUCUAUAUAAACACACCCGAUCAUCCCUCAACACACCACAGAACCCUUUACAUUAGUAUGUCUAGUCAGUCCAUAACACACAGAAGAAGCUUCAACAUAUGGACAGGACAGAUCAUGUAGUAAACCAUAAGUCAUGUCACAUUUCAGAGCCUUUAUAAACUGUCCUGAUCAUUACAAAAUACAUGGACAAACCAUAUAACCACUGUAUCAAGAAGUCAUUAUAGAUUAUAUGACUGGGCUUCGUCAUUCCGUAACUCACAUCCAAGACAUUUUAUAUGAAUGAGCUUAAUCAUAAAGUAAAUUAUAUUUGGGAAGCUUUUAUAUAAAUGGGUUUCUAAUUUUGUAACUCAUGUCUAAGAGACUAACAGUAUAUGAGUGGGGUUCAUCAUUCCUCAUUGCAACUGAGAAUCGGCUUAUACUAAAGGGCUUUGUCUUUGUCUAACCCGCAUGGUUUCGUCGUUCUGUAAAACACACUACUGGAUCCACUCUGCAUGAAUAGGUUUCAUUAUUCCAUGACCCACACCUGAUGAUGAACAUCUGAGGGAUUUGAUAAAACAUUAACCACAUCCGGGUAACUUGUAUAUGAAUGGGUUUCAUCAUUCCAAAACACAGAGCAGAGGAUCCGCUGUAUGAGUGAGUUUCAUCUUUCAACAAACCCAAGGACCUUCAAGGUCUUAGUCAUUCUUUUAGACACACCCACGGAUCUAAAAAAAAAAAAAUUGGCGUUCCUUAAUCCACAAUUGAGGAUCCUUUACACGAAUGGGCUUUAUCAUUUCAUAACAAACACACCUGAGGAGUCUUAACUCACUCUUGGUUCUUAUCUAACACCGUCUAUAUCCUAACUAUAGCCCUUAGUUGUAUUGCCCUUUCCCCCUCUUAAUUUUUUGUGGAUACAAAAAAAGCUGCCUAAAAUGCUGGACUGGUAUAAAGAUGACAUUUGACUUAAGCACACUGCGAACAUUAUGAUGACGUAAGAAUACGUCCCUUACGAUUGUUACCCAACUUAAGCACUUUCUUACCUAGAAUAAUACAAUGGGUUCUUUUAAAGAGAUUUUUAAUUAGCUUAUACAUUUAUGGAAGUCUGGAUCAGAUCAGCAUCAGACACUGGGAGAUAGGAAUAUUAUUUAUUUAAUAUUUGUAAAAUAAGAACCAAAAUACUUACAAUAGCACGCCUAUAUCCUUUACUGAUACCCGCUAAUCGUUGAGAUGCUCGACAAAAUGACAAACAUCCAUACAGUACAUUCAUGUUUUAUAUAUACUGUUUUUUAUUUUUGUAUAUAGCGAUGAGAACAGUAAUCAUUUUUUGUUUAGAUCGAUUUGAUGCAAUACCAAAAAAAAGUGUCCUUUAAUUCCUUGUUCAGGUUUUUAAGGAUUUUCAGGUAUACUGCUUUAACAUUCCUUAUGCAGCAUGAGCUAAUAUUCAGCACUGCUCCAACACUGACCUACCUACUGUAUGUCUUUUAAACUUGUGCGAGUGGAAGUCAGAAUGCUCUGCAGCUUGUUUACUAUUUAUUAUUAGUGCAUUUUUGUUUUUUACUUAUUGUAGUGCUUUGUUUAGGGAAUGUCCAGAUUAUUUAGCUAUAACCACAAUAUUGUACUGUUUUAAUUUAAAAAGUUAUAUAUUCCUGGGUUUGAGUCAGAAGGAAAUCUGGGUUCGAAAGGCUGUAUCCCAUAAUUUUGUUCACAGGAUGAGAAUUUCCUGCAGAUGUUUGGAAACUGUGGCAAAACCAACGAUCAAGCAAAAGAUGUAAAUUGUUAUGUUUGAUGUGCCUUAGUGACGCAUAAGCACAUGAUAUAAAUUGAAUGUACAGACUAAAUUAACGCACUUGUGCACCAUGGCCUGGUUUAGAAUUGAUCUGAAUUGUGUUGCAUUUAUUUAUCGAGUUUCAUGGACUUAAUCCCAAUCAUGGACUUAACUUUAUAUUAAAAUCUCAUUUAAAUUCUAGAUUAAACCUAAUAAGCAUUAAUAAUAUUAUUUAGCUUUAAAACCUUGGACAGAAUUAAAAACCAUACUCAUGAAAUGUGUAGAAAACCAAAAAAUGUAUGCUAAUGCGUUAUUUUAUCAGUGUUUGCCUCGACAGUGUUGACCUUUUUUGUUUUCGUGCCUAAUGUGUGUGUAAAUCUGUAAGCGAAACUUUCAGUUCCGUUUUUUGUAUGGUUGAACAUCCAUUCUGUAAAUGUUUAAAUGUCAAACAUUUCAUGUGGCCUAGAUUCAUAUGGCUGAAUAAGAUGCUUUGUAAAAUCUUAUUGACGAUUGAUUGCAUUUGUUGUGUGUGUAAAUUAAUUAAAGGGAGAAAACACUAA